AACAGUGUAAAGUGGUGAAUUUGAGAGAAAAACAUUGCGGGAGGAUUCCUUGCUGAAAAAAGGGAAAAUCAGUGAAAGUGCAGCAAUAAAUAUGCUAAGAUCACUCUUAUGUAUUCCCCGAGCAUACACUGCAAAUAUUCUUGGAGUAAAUUCCCCAAAUCUCCAGCAAUCUAGGAACACUUUUAUCCUGAAACGACGUUGGCCUCCGGGUCUUCACAAGAAGAAUGAACCACCGAGAGCCUUGAGACCACGUAACUAUGUGUACGAUUUCGUGGAGGAUACAGAAGUUCGAAAGAAGAAGGAUAUAGAAGUUGUCCUAACGACAUUCGUUGAGGGCCUUGGUCAUAAAGGGGAUGUUGUAUCCGUGAAAUCUCGAUAUGCCCACAAUAUGCUCCUUCUUCCUGGACUGGCUGUCUACAAGACGGAAAAAAAUCUUGAGAAAUACAAGAGAGACUCUGACCAACCGGAAGCUGAGAAGCACAGUUCACCCUUUGCUCAAAGAACCAUCAACAUGAUCGAGGGAAAAAUUUUGCCAAUUGUCAUGAACAAAGAUGAGCCCUGGGUAAUUGAGAAGUGGCACAUUCGUGCUUCCCUCCGAAAAGCCGGAUACUAUGCAACUGAUGAAUCCAUCACAAUCCCAGAAACACCCAUCAAAGGUCCUGAUUUGAGUCUAGAGAACAAAGAAUUCAACGUAACAAUUAAAAUAAAUGGAAUGGAAACAGCUACCCUAAGAUGCAGAAUCCAUCAUUGGAGUACAGAUCCAGUUGGUAAAUUACCUUAUCUUCCAGAAUACUGGAAACUCCCAUCUGAUCCCAUUUUCUCCUGAGAAAUGUAAACCUCAAUUAGUGAAUGAAAAUAAAAUAAUUUUUGAACAUU